AUGAACAGCCUUCCGGUCAUAAGGCACGACGAUAACUACUUCAGGGCAAGGAAACCCAAACCCGAUCUUGGUGUGCUCCAAAACUUCAAGCUCUUCGUCUGGGACCCCGAGAGGAAAGCAAUCUUCGACCGAACAGCCAGAGAAUGGGUCGAAGUAGGACUAUUUUACCUGUGCUUCUACGGAGUGCUGUUCUCAUUCGCCGGGUUGCAGCUGUGGCUGACCUACAAGUACGUGACGAUACACGACAAGCCGUACUUCCAAUACAACAAACGGGAGUCAAAGUCGGGGUCGGAACCCUCGCGGGUCUUUCGCAUGACGUCGCUCAAUAUGCGCGGACCAGGCAUCGUUUUCAAACCAAACAUCGGACUGGAUUCGAAUCCUCCGCUCAUCCUGAUCGACAAAUCGAACGAGUUGGGUCAACCGAGGAACUACAUCAAGGCCAUCAACGAGACCCUGUCAGAAUACAAAGUCGAUAAAUCGAGGUACGAUCCGCGCUGCAACGACAGAGUACUGCGCGAAGGCGGUGCCGACAAGUCCUGUUUUUUCGAUCUCGCGACUCUGGGCCAGUGCUCGAGAGCGCCCUACGGAUACGAGGAGUCGAAGCCACAGCCUUGCGUCUACAUCAAAUUCAACAAGAGGUUCGACUGGGUGCCCAUUUUUUACAGCCAAGCCUCAGCCCUACCCGAGAACAUGCCCGUGAGGCUACAGAGAGUCGUGAAAAGCACCGACAAAUUCCACGUGUGGCUGUCCUGCGAGGGCAAAAGCAAGGAGGACACCAAGUUGAUGGGCGAGCUCGAGUACCUGCCCAUAUCCGGUUUCCCGGUUCAAUUCUUCCCGUACUCCGGCCAGUCGGACUACCUGUCACCCGUCGUUGCCUUGCGCUUCAAAAAUCUAACAGAGGACCACCUGGUGAAGAUCGAAUGCAAGACGUGGGCUCACAAUAUUGACAACGAGAAUCGUUACAAUUUGAAUUUUCGAGUGAUGAUCAAGAACCGAGGGAGAUAA